GACGAACAUUAACGCUACGUCACUUCCGUCCAGGUCUUAGCUAAUCAAAACAAACAUGGCGACUUACGGGCAGGUCAGCAGGUUGUUCGGAAUCUCAGCAAGACUUUCACGUCCGUAAGUUAGCUUGAAUGUUCAAUAUUGUUCUCUUUAAUGGUUGUGUGGUUGCACUGAGCCUUUUACGUGAACAAUUCGCCUCAUGUUUUUCUAAAGCGUCUGGCUAGCAUCUCGUAAUAAUGUUGCAAACUGAGUGACGCAGAUUGCUUUAAACUUCUGUCAUUUUAAUUUAAGUUUUUUCUAAUUACACAGAGUUAUGUGAGAUUUUCCUUUUCCAUGGUGAAAGGAACCAUGGGAAAGGACAAAAUAAAAUAAAAAAUUUAACUAUGGUGAGGACAAUGUAUUUAUGCAACAACCAGCAGUGAAAUUGUCGCCUGCGCAAUCUCAUGUAAUCUCAUGCAACCAGCUGUGAUCCAGUUCCUAAUAUCCACAUGACAAAAAUGAAGGGAGCCAAACCUUACAAAACAAAACAAGAGAAGGGUCAUUCCAUGGAAAUAGCACAAUUUGAGUCUCUGUCUCUUUUCUUAAGAUGUAUUUAAUCGAUUAGGUCACCAGAAUUUUAUGUAUUUUACUAUGUAUUUUUAAGUCUGUCCCCGGGUAACCCCUCAACCUCGUUAAACAAAUAAUAAAAGAAAACCAAUGCCUGAGAUGGGAAAAUACGUUUUUCUGAAAUUUUAAUAUAUCCUUAGUGCUGUGGGAUAUAAAUCCAAAUAACACAUUUUGGUCAAAAAUGUGAAAAUGUCUAGGUCAAAUUUGAGCUAUUCUCGUGGAAUGACUCAGAACACAAAGACAGACAUUUAUAUGAUAUUCAACCAUAUGUAAUGCGGGAGCAAACUCUGACUAAAAUACAUCCAAAUGGGAAGUGCCAUUGACUAAAUAGCUGAUGGCUUCAGACACUGGGGGGCAGCAUUAUACCAAUCCAAAAGGAUAAGAGGGGAUAGGUAUUAAAAAAUUAUAUAAACUGAGCACUACCUUAAGCCCACCUCUUUUAAGCAAAUUUUAAUGUCUUGUGAGUUAUAUAUGCAAAACUGUUGAAGCCUGUUGUAUGAAGCAGCUCUGAGUAAAUGUAAUUCUUGCCACAAAUGGGCUCUCUGCACAGCUCCACCACCUCCUGACCUUAAGGCAGCUCCUUUAUAUUCCGUCUUACAUUAUUGGACAAACUGAUUAAUCCAGGUGUGUCUGAGUAGUCGCAAUGAUCAGUCACACUUGGAUUAAACAGUUCGUCCAAUAAUGUAAGACAGGAAAUGAAGGAGCUGACUUAAGUUCAGUAAGUAGUGGAGCUGUGCAGCGAGCCCAUUCUGGUUGUGUAAAGGUCUUGGUAGCUUUUCGUGUUUUGCAUUGCAUUCAUUUAAAAAAAAAAAAAGCAGUUCUUGUCACAAUCAUAAUUGUGGUGGUUUACUUUCGACAUACCUUCUCUAUGAGUCAAAGUGUGUGUAUGUCGUAGGGUAUUUAGUAUAACAGCCAAAUGUUUGCAUCAUUUUCUUCUAUAAAUGCAUUUUAUCACUGUGUCAUGAAGUUGUUUUUACUCAUACGUAUAUUUUACUGAAAAUUAUAAUCAUAAAUGUCUUGUUUAGUACAUGUUUAGACUUUGUGUUAUCUCCGUACUACCUCAGAUCAGUUUAUGGAGAUUACUGUAUUUGUCCAAUAAGACACCCAUAGUCCAGCAAACAUUUAGACAACUAAAUAGAAUAUAAUCCAUGUUUUUUAAGCCAAAUGCAAACAUUGUUGUGAACUCCCCUUGACAAAGACGCAAGUAAUAAUUACUUCAAAAUAACACUUGGGUGUAGGCCAUAGCCAGGCAAGGUAACAUGUUGCUUUGUUUACAAUGAGAUUAAGUAUUUUGCACACAGGAUAAUGAAGUAAUAAGUCUUACUCCACCUUCUGUUAUUUAAUAAGUUAGGAGGGAUAGAUAGACGCAAGCUUGAAUGUACACUGAAUACUUAGUUAUGGCACAAUAUUUUGUUAUAGAGUGAUUUGUGCUGUAAAAAAUGCAGGUAGAAACUGUAACUCAAAUCCUGUUUUGAGUACUCCUAUUUGCUGUGACCUAAUUGUUGUUUAGUUACUGUUACUUUUCAGAACUAAACUAAUGCACAAAUUUCGUUGUAUGUUUUUUUUUAUUCUCUGUGAUUCUAAUCAUUUUGUUACCUUUUUUUUUCUUAUGUACUGUCUCAGUAUUGCAAGUAGUGGAUAUCAGUGUGCCACUUCACGUAACACGGGAGUCUCGAACAGAUGGCCACAAAACCCCCAUUGGGUUAUCCCAGGUUCGUCUGACUGCAGCAUCUUUGUGGUUCUCCAACAUAGGGAAAACACUCUCAUGAUAUUAUGCCACACUUCUGUUAUUUGUCUUUUGUCUUUUUCCAGGAAGGACAAUGUUUGUGCAGACUCAGGACACACCAAACCCAAACAGUCUGAAGUUUCUGCCCGGUCGCACAGUCCUUGAAUCGGGGACUAUGAAUUUUGCUGGUCCUCGUGAUGCACACUGCUCACCUUUAGCCAGGUAUGAGACUCCACACAUACACAAAGUAAUAACAGGCAUUCCUAGCAGGAAUUUUGAUAUGGGGUAUCAGUUGGAGCACACAGUAACGUUAUGAUAGUGAUGAUGGCUGUGUUACGUAAUCCUGACCUUGAUGGAAUGCAUCUAUUUUCAUCAUUCAGUUACACCUGUGUUCCACAUGUCACCAGCAGUUGUGUUGAUGAGUUACAAACCUACUGUACCAGUAGUCUGACAAUCAUUGUUAUGUCUUCAUUUAAAAAACACAUUGCACUCUUGUUGAGACGGAUAAAGCAGUAAGAGUUCUCUGAGUCACUCAGCUUGCCCUUGAGUCUGGAGCCAAGCUGCUCACACUGUUCUCCUGUGCCUCCUGUUUGAAGUAUAUAUUUGUGUAACACAAUGCGAGUGUCCUGCCAUGUCCUCAGCGACCGCACUCUAUGACUGUGGUACCUGUCUGACCUUUAAAUCACUCAGUGGUAACAGCUCUGUACAGAAACACUGCAUUUCAAUAAAAAAGACUAGAAAUAUAAGUAUUUGAUACGUAUGCAAAGGUUGUACCAAGGAAGAUGUAAAGUUCUUUCACUGUUAACCAUAACAUUUGCCAUUGAUUUAGGAUGUUGAACUGCCUUAAACAUGUUGAUAAUUUGAAUCAUACAUGAAAUUUGUCAAAUGAACAAAACUGAAAUCAUGUUAAUUUUCAUCUUCAGACAGCUGUUUAGGAUUGAUGGAGUCAAGAGUGUCUUCCUGGGCCCAGAUUUUAUAACCAUAUCAAAGGUAAAUGAAGCUCUGUGCUGUAUGAACAGGAUACUUAUAAGUGCAGCAUAAACAGAAUGCUAUUGGUUUGAACAACUUGAUUUCUUUUUCUCUCAUUAGGCCGAUGAUAACAUGGAGUGGAAGGUUAUCAAGCCUGAUGUCUUUGCUGCCAUCAUGGACUUUUUCACCACAGGUCUUCCUGUUGUAAAUGAAGACAGCCAGCCAAGUGCAGAUACAGGUACACAUCUUUACCCACUGUUAAGGGAAAACUCUAAAACAAACUGUUGUGAUUUUUACACUAAUUUCGUCUCAUCUUUUCAGCACCAUCUGAUGAUGACGAUGAAGUUGUUGCCAUGAUCAAAGAGCUGUUGGAUACUAGAAUAAGGUAGCUGCAUGUAAAGUCAUUCUGUUGUGUUCUGUCGUAUGUGUUUUAGAGUAAAAUACUACAAUACUUUACUGCUGUAAACACUGUAAAUUUCCCCACCAUGGGAUGAAUAAAGGUUUAUCUUAUCUUAUCUUAUCAGACAGUUGAUACUCUUUAACCACACUGUUCUGUCAUUGUUCUUGUUUCCUCAGGCCUACAGUGCAGGAGGAUGGAGGAGACGUCCUGUAUCGGGGGUUUGAGGAUGGGAUUGUUAAACUAAAGCUGCAGGGCUCUUGCACCAGUUGCCCCAGCUCCAUUAUUACUUUGAAGAGUGGCAUCCAGAACAUGCUGCAGUUUUACGUCCCUGAGGUUGAGUCUGUGGAGCAGGUUUGUUGCCCUGUCGGAGAAUAUGUUCUGAAUGUGCUGUUUAAUUAAGUAGCAGUUAUGCUUACUUCAUCUGUCCUCUUCAUGUUUGUUUUAAAAUGGUCAAAAAUAAUGAUCAAAAAGAGACUCCAACUUAAAAUGAUUAACAAACCGUAUUUUUCUUUUACAGGUGAAGGAUGAGGAGGAGGAGGCCGCACAAGUUUGAACCCUGCCAGAAGAACAUUUACACAUUCCUCCUGCCACCUGCUGUAAUGGCAUAGUUUAUUGAAAUGAGCAGCUAUAGCUCAGCUGCGUGAAAAACACAUCCUCGAUCAUCCAGACGUUAUAACACAACAUAGACAUAUUCUCUGUACUUUGACAGUAUUUUACCAUUUGGGGCAAGAGAGCCCUGAAAAAGAAACUGAUGACUGUUGAGCUGCAAUAAAUCCUAUUUAUUAUUUUACUUGGUCACACUUUUUCUGAUUGAGUUGCUUUUUCUUGCCACAGAAGCUAUUUUUCAAAAACAACUUACAGGGCUGGAACACGUACAGAUACAAACAUACACUUUAUAUAUACAGUAUAUACUGUAUUUAUAAGAGUAAAGUUUAUUGGAAUAUUUCACAAAUGCCAUGCCUCCUAAUGUGCUGUAUUUUAUGAGUAAAUAAAUGAUUCACUUCA